AUGGGUGGCAGUCAAGACCGUGGCCAGGUGCAAUCACCAGGCCGACGGACGAGUUUAGCACAGGGACAAAAUGGUGCCGCCAGGUCGCACGGCUCUGAUGUGCCUGGCAAGGGGUUUGUGUCUGGUGACGCGCGCAGUGACGAUCACCAGCGGCCUCUGGGCCGGACAGACUCGUAUCCCACGCCGCAGACACACAAACACGGGUCAGUGCUUGGAGGCAAGAUCAGCUCGACGCAGCCUUUGGAAGAUCUGAAAAUAAACGACACUCCUGCGUCUGUGCUCAAAAACUUGAAAAAUCCGUUUGACGACUCGCCAGAUUCUACCAGUACGCCGGCUCGGCACAAGAAUGGGCCUCUGGGCGCGUCUAGGCAGGCUUUCCAAACACCAGCGAGCGCCCAACCUCCGAAAGAUUCGGCGUCGAUUUUCAAGCAAAUGCGAGAUCAGCUUCCAGAGGCCCUUGAGUACGAUACUGAGGUCGGCCUUGUUCUGGAUGGCUAUAGCGAGCCGGAAGAGACUGCAGACCAUUCCGGUGCUAUGUUGAACUUAAAUACGGGGUACAUUAGCUUGCUGGGCAAGUUCAAUGCCGAUGUGACUGCAAACACGUCCCCAGACACCCAAAUGGAUGUCAAUAUCCACCAGGAAAUCAACGACAAGCUGCGGCAGAAAGACAUUCUGCAGGACGACGCGGAUUACUCAUAUUUGAACAACUACCACAGACGACAUUCUCAGCCCAGCAGCAAGCCGUCUGGACUGCCGAGCUCUACAGAAAACACAGAGCAGCGCGACGUGCAGGUGCCAGGCACCAUUGAAAAAAGUCGCGUAGGAAUCGCCUCAAAUAGCAGUCCACUGACAAGCAAAAGUUGCGGUGAAUUGCUCGCUCCCAGUAAAAAUAGCCACGAUGAGCUGAACGACGAAAUCAUUAGCUCGCAAAGUGUCUUUUCCCCAAUCUCACAUCAUAGGCCCGCAAAUUCGUACCGCACCCAAAAGGAGGAGGUCGGGAACUCCUCGCCGAAUAUGAACGAGCCGUCGUCACAGGAGGUUAGCGAUUUUGAGAUAGACGAAAAGGACAAUAUUAGCGAGACUCUUAGAAUCUCCAAUUCGCAAACCGACCAGCCAACUACGGCGUCCUCGCUCUCUCAAAAAGAGCUGAAAAAGUCUAUCAUGCGGCUCUCGCAGAACUCCCAAAGCUCUCAGAGGGAAGAUGGCUACGAGUCGUCUCAUCCCACUGUCCACAUACCAUCGCAGGACGAAGGCACACGAGAACUAACCGAGGAAAUGGAAGAUCCGAACUCGGACGCACAAGCCAACUCGGCUCCCCUUUCUCAGGUCGCCUACACGUCCAGCUUGCUUUUGCGUCCCAAACGCGUACUAGAAAGCAGUCCCAGAAAAGUGUCUCAGCGCAAAGUUGCGAGAUCAUCCCCUCCAGUGAUUGAAUUGGAUGACAGUUCGACCGAUUCUUCCAGGAAUCACUCCGACCCGGACGACUCUGACUCAAGCUCUGACGAAAAAGAAGUCAAGGACAGUAUGGAUGAGACACGGAUCAAUACCAUGCUAGACAGAGACCAAAUCGAUCUGCUUCUCAGCACGAAAAGAAACUCUCCAGAGCUUCCUUCGCCAGAAUUCGAAAACACCAACGAUAUACAAAGCCAGAACACGUACAGGCCGCCAAAUCUCAAAGACACAGACCUCGUGCCCCAAUCGCUGACCCAGAACGAGAUCUUGAGAACCGAUGAGACAGAAAAAAGGUUUCGAAAAGAGGACAUUAUCUUCCCGCGCUCAGUAUGGGUAACGUUCGACAAUUUGAAACUGCCCUUGAGCAUUAAAGAUGUGACGAAAUAUUACGACGAAUCUCAUAGCGUACAGUUCUCUGUGUCAGUUGCAAACUCCCAGAUGCUCGAAGUAGUGGACUACGUGAAACUGUUUGCUCCUCUUUCGAUCUGUGUCGGAGACCACAUCAAACUGUUUGCCAACAGAACCAAAGUAUACAAAGUAACUGGCUUGCAAUACGAUCCCAAGAUACCCAACGCCGUGUGUUGCAUGCGUGGCUUCAACCGUGUAUACCUUUGCGAAAAAGGUUCUGUGCCAAAUGACGAGUUUAGCGUUCCGUUGGAGGACACCUAUCUCACUGCGAAUCUUUCAGGAAAGCUAAAAUUUAAGAUAUUUGACGAUGAGCAAUAUUUUCAUGAAUUCUUGUCAGAUUUGCAACAACAAGAGGGCCCAAAUGUGCCGAACGCCCUACAAAAGAACUCUCUGCCCUUUGAUGGUUGUGUGUUUGUGUUUACCUCUGCGCCACAUCAGUCACAAACGAACGAGACAACUAAAGUCAGGGAAAUGAUUAGGUUCAUCGAAAAGCAGGGAGGGCUUAUAAUCGAAGACGGUUUUCCCAAACUCUUCCACGUAGAUGAAGCAGGACUCAAACCUGGCAAGAUGCUUGAGCAGCUCAAGUUUGCGGCACUGCUGUCUCCCAAACACGCGAGAACCAUGAAAUAUCUACAGUCGCUGUCUCUAGGAUGGCCAAUCUUAUCGACAGCCUUUGUUGAAGACCUGAUAUCCAACCCGGACCAACUCAGCAGAUGGCAGUCUACGUUCCAUAAUUACAUGCUCCCUGCAGGACACAGCAUAAUUCGCAACUGCAUACUGAGCGCCAAUGUGUUUUCUUUCCUACGCAACUUUCACAGCGGGAAGCUCCUCCACGAGCAGACAGGGCUUGUGCGUUUGCUGGACGGGCUGGUCGUUGUUGUUGAUCGCAGCAGCUUGCCAGUCAGUGUUAAGGACAUUGAUUUUCUGCUCAAGGCGCUCGGCUGCCGCGAUGUCAGGGUCAUACCCGAAAUCACCCUCCCAGACGUCGCAGCACUUGGCCACGAGAACCUGUUGCUCACAGAUAUGGACAAAAAAUCUCUGGACGCCCAGGUGUACAAACGACGGCCGAAAAAACAGCGAAGAGACAGUUCUGGUGGGCAGCUGGAAGUUUCUGUGGUUGACUGGGAAUGGCUUGUGCAGUGUAUCAUUGGGGGCACGCGAUUCGACCCGGUUUUCCGCUGGAAAGUGUCUUCCUUGCGCAAGUAACAUUAAAGCUAUCUAUCAAUUAAUGCAGUAGUACUACAACAGUUCAGAGAAAAUACACAAAAAGCACCAGAAGAACCAGCAGUGACGGCACUCCCGUGCUCUGGCGGUGGCUGGAAGCCGCGCUUCUGGUAGAGCCGGAAUAGGAGCCAGAGGGCGAUGGUUCUGCUGAGGUAGACGGGGAGUCAGGUGUGCGCGUAACGUACACUUCGCCGUCAGAAACAAACACCUCCGUGUAUUUUGGCAGUUGAGAGGGCUUCAGAGCGUACGCGGUGACAGUCAUGGUGAUGUCCGAGUAGCUGGAAAUGUUAUUAUAGCGGGCAAGAGGAAUGGUCUCCGAGUCCAUUGGGUAUAAAACGUCUGCCUUGGUAUUCGUUUCGUUGUCGCGCACAAUGUUGGAGAUUGCCAGCGUUCUGUAGUCGUUGUUGACGGCCAGAUAUAUGUUCUUGAGGAAAGGAAGACCUAGCAGAGAGUAUCCCAAGGUGUUAUCUGGGAGAAAUGCCAGGGCACAGGCUUUGUCGCCGCUUUCGAACACUAGGUCCGAGCCGUCGUCGUUCUUCUGCUCGUACAUCACGCUACUGAUCGGCAUCUUCACCACAAGGUCUCCGAGAUGGAUGUCGAUGGUGCCGACAGAGCCAACAUCGCAGUUGACAAGCCACACGUCCAUGUCGCUGGCGUAGUACGCGUUGAGCUCCAACGCCAGCUCAAUGAGCGUCGAGUACGGAAUGAAGUUGUACAGCGUCCGCGAGUCCAGAAGAGCAGGUUUCGGGUACGUUCCCGUGGCGUUCUGCUCGGUGAAUGUGUCGGGGAACAUAACCGAGUCACCGUCGCUAGCUGUGACCCCGAUACCGGUUAUGGGAACAAUCGGCAGCGCAUCGGUGUAUCCGCCGUUGACAGUGACAAAACGCUGCGUGACAUCAACAACAGGGACGAAGUCGUACUGGUAAAAAUCGCCGGAAAUGCGCGUCGAGGAGACCCCGCCCAAUAUCAAAACUGGGUCGCUCUUAUUUACCGUGCUUGUGACUAGCGAGUACGAGUUGUUUUUGAUAAAUUCUGCGUCUUUGAAGUAGUCAAUGAAACUGACAGAGUAUUCGUGGCACGGGAUUCCCAAGCCGAGCGCACCCGUGUUCACAUUCGAGUCGUUAGCGUACAAAAAUCCCACGUCUUGGAAAGCCAGCGAGUGGUUGACAGAAGAGCCGUUUCUGAAUGCGUCGUAGAGGGGGAAGUCGAAGCCGUCCAUUGCCAAAUGCCCCGAGAUUUCGAUACCGUCGAGGUACGAAUACUUCACCCCAGUGGCGUCGGCCUCGCUGUCAACCGCGGUAUCGCCAACACCAGAAAAAUAAGACCCACUCGAAGAGCUGUUGAGCUCGUAGACACCGAGCGGAGCGCAAGGAGUGGUGUACGCAGGGGGGUCAGUUUCCGAGGUGGAGGAGUCUGCUAUGGUGGGGGACGCGCGCUCGGUUGGGCACGCUGUGAAGUUGUCUCCGCCGGGCACCCACAGGUUUGCGUUUCCAACAUCUAGCCGUAAUUCCAGUGUUUGACGAGGACUUCCUAUUUCCACUGUGUAAUCAAAAGCUCUGUUGUCUCUGACCUUGAGCAUGAAGACCGGUAGCCAGUCGACUGUGGCAGAGGCCGAAGUAGUGUUCUUUGCCAUGGCGGCUGUGAGCAAGGCCAAGAACAGCACCUUCAGCAGGAAC